AGGUCUCUCUCUCUCUCUCCAAAAAAAAGGAGGACUCGAUUUACCUGCUCUGACCCUCCAAAGCCCGACGCCGGAGCCGUCCGCCCGUGGUAGGACAAAGGAGAUGUCGUCGGCGGCGCAGCAGCUGCCGCGGACGGAGUCGCGGACGCUGUCGGGGCACGAGGGCGCGGUGCUCGCCGUUCGCUUCAACCACGACGGCAAGUACUGCCUGAGCUGCGGCAAGGACCGCACCGUCCGCCUCUGGAACCCCCACACCGGCGCCCACGUCAAGACCUAUAAAUCCCACGGUCGCGAGGUUCGCGACGUGAACGCGUCCUCGGACAACGCCAAGCUGGUGUCGUGCGGCGGGGACAAGCAGAUCUUCUACUGGGAUGUUGCCUCCGGCAAAGUCAUCCGCAAGUUCCGCGGCCACAACAGCGAGGUCAAUUCAGUGAAGUUUAAUGAGCACAACACUGUUGUACUGUCAGCUGGUUAUGACCGUUCGGUGCGUGCAUUUGACUGCAGGUCACAGAGCAGUGAUCCGAUUCAGACAAUUGAUACUUUUCAAGACAGUGUAAUGUCAGUUAAUGUAACCAACACCGAAAUAAUUGCUGGCAGUGUUGAUGGUACUGUCCGAACAUUUGAUAUUCGCAUGGGCAGGGAGACUGUCGAUAACCUGGGUCAUCCUGUCAACUGUAUAUCUUUGUCGAAUGACCGCAAUUGCCUCUUGGCUAACUGUUUGGAUUCUACCGUGAGGCUUCUUGACAAGAACUCUGGGGAAAUGUUACAAGAGUACAAGGGCCAUAUAUGCAAGUCCUUCAAGAUGGAUUGCUGCCUGACCAAUGAUGAUGCAUUUGUUAUCGGCGGAUCCGAGGACGGGUUUGUUUUCUUCUGGGAGUUAGUGGAUGCACCUAUUGUUGCGACUUUCCGAGCACAUAGCUCUGUGGUUACCAGCGUCACUUAUCACCCAACAAAGACCUGCAUGUUGACGUCAUCUGUCGAUGGGACCAUUCGUGUUUGGACCUGAAGAUAGAAAUUGCUGAUGUGUGUUAUCUCUACUGAUGCGCCUAUGACAGUGUUCUUCGUAUCAUCCAUCUAUGUAGUUUCAAGGACUCAGAAGCAUAAUGUGUACUACUCCAUGUGACAUGCUGACAUGAGAACAGACUCAAGGAUUCAGAUGCGCAAUCCCUUUUUGAGAAACGUUGUUGCUACUAUGUUGUACUGACUC